AUGGCUGCUGCUCCUUCUCAAUACGCCGGCUUGGCCGCCACAUGGAACCUCAAGGUUGGAGAGGCCCCGCCUACCGAGAAUUUCAUCCAGCUGGACGCGGGAUCCACGGAAGCUGUGUAUCAGCCUGAUAACCGCAGUCUGGUCGAUUCCAAUGACUACCGGGAUGGCGGAAAGUAUCGAUGUGAGCCCUCUGCCCAUCGCGAAGGGAGACUUCUCCAAGCUGACCAUAUCUAG